AUGCCCAAGCGCAAGCGCGCGCCCGAUGUUCGCGUGGGCCACGGCCGCGGUGGCCGACCCGAUGCUGGCGCGCACGCCGCCAUGCUGAGGGCCGCCGCGGCCGUGGCCCCGCGCGCCCGCGCCGCCCGCGCUCAGCGCGCGCGCCCGCCCGCGCCGCCCGCGCUCGAUGGCCGCGCCCGCGAGCGCCAGGCCAGGGCCGAACGCGUGGCAGAGGCCGCUCGCGCGGCAGAGGCCGAGCGCAAGGCCAAAGCCGAGCGCGUGGCGGAGGCCGCGCGCGCGGCAGAGGCCGAGCGCAAGGCCAAAGCCGAGCGCGUGGCGGAGGCCGCGCUCGCAGCAGAGGCGAAGCGCAAGGCGUCGGCCAAGCGCGUGGCGGAGGCCGCGUGCUAUGUCCGCGAGACGAGCGUGGCCGAGGCCGACCAGCUGGUCGACCAGCUGGCCGACCAGUGCCCGCGAUCUGGAAGAACCAGGGAGGCAUGGGGGCCGCCCGCCCUCGGCGGGUUGGUGGAGCUCCUGGUGCUCCACGUGGAGGAGGAGUUCAACGAGGUGGAGAAUACUCUGAAGGAUUCGGCCACCAAGGGGCAGAAGUCCCUCAUCAGGCGGUGGUUCUCCAAGGCGUGUUCCCCGGUGUUUCUCGAGGCGGGGAUGCUGACCUUCAUCGCGGAGUGGGGGGACCGCUCGCAGAUCGCCACCUUCACGCUUGCGGCGCAUCAGAACCCGCUCGGCGUCAUCCUCGGCGGCUGCCUGGGGCACACCUUCUGCACCAGCCUCGCGGUGUUCGGCGGCGAGUGGCUAGGCAAGCGGAUCUCCCAGAAGUACGUGGCGACGGGGGGCGGGUGCCUCUUCCUCCUCUUCGCCGUCCUGAACGCGCUCGGCCUGGGCGGCGCGUGACCGCGCCCGCGGCCGCGGGCGGCGCGCGGCGUCGGCCAGGAGUGCCGGCGGGUGCCCCGUCUGCUUCCAACGCCUUCCCACGGCAUGGUCCUCCCACCGCUGCCGGCCGGCGGGUAGACUGCGCGUCGCGCAUCGCAGGGCGCGAGGCGCGAGACCGGGUGGCUUGGGGCUGGCUGGGGCGCGCAGCACGCGGCCGCCGGGCGAGCGCGGCCCUGCGCAGGGUAUUCUCGUUUUCCCAAUUUUUUCUUUUCCAGCCAGCGCCGCGCCGCCACGCAGCGUGCGCCGAGCAAUCCCGGCUGGUGGAUUUUGCUCUCCCACUCGCGGGCGGUUGCGCUGAGUCGUUGCCCUCCCCAGCCCUUGUUCUCCGUCGCUCCUGCUGAUCGUCUCGUCCCCUAGCCGUUGCC